AGGAGCAAUCGUGUAAUAGGGUGGGUCACAGUUUCAGGAGGAAGAGGCGGGUUAUACGCAUAGUGUUGUACAGUCUUGUCUGCCUCAGACUUAGGCAGGUUAGUUAACUCCGGUGUACAAGCCAGCAUUGGCGCAUGAUAUACUCGAGGGCACACAUGGUUCACUGACCGUUGUCGUUUCGUACAAGUAAAGAGACUGGAUCCACACAAAGAGCUGAACCUGACGGUUGGGAGAAACCGACAAUUUAUAGACGGAAAACACAGCCCGUGCGUGGAUGAAGGACACCCCGUGACAACACACCGGCUGCUCGUCGAUGUCCAACUAGAAGGAUGAUGAGUACAAGCCUCUUUGUGUUGCGUAGCAGGCCACAGAAGAUUCUGGACCAUGUUCUACUCUCUGCGCUAUUCCUGUUGUUUAACUUAGUGACAUACAGCUUGACAACAAAUGCAACAACACCAGUACCAACAGAAGGGCAGCAAUUGCUAUCAUCAACCAAAAAUGAAACAAUACAACCUUUUUCAGUUUCCCCAACUAAUGUUAUGAACACAUCGUUCACAGCAUACCAAGUUAUAACAUCUGAGAUCAACAAUCUAACAACCACUUCAGAAGUAAACACAACCACCACACCUACUGUCAUCCCCUUGGUCACAGAUUUUGAUGGUACAAAUGGAACCAAGAAACCACUAAACAUGUCAGAAUUGAAUACUACCAUCACGACUACUGUGUCCCCACUGGUUUCAGCUGUCAAUAAUGCUACAAAUGAUUCAGGGACCAUGGCAGCAAUGAACACAUCAGCUGGCCCCAACUCUAUUAAUACAACUUUAUCCAUCACAUCUAGCUUUAAUGCUACGACAGCACCAUGGCCAGUGCAUUGCAACUUUUUGCAAAACUGUGAUAAUAACUCUGUGUACUACUGGAUGACAAUCAGUGUUGAUGUUAAUGGAUCUGAGUCUAAUGAGUCAGAUAUAUCUGCAUGGCUUCAGAAACUGUUCCAAAAUCAUAGUGAAUGUAGUCCAACUCCAACUGUUUCACCAUUAAAAAUCAAUACCACAUCACCCAGUGGAAUAAGAAAUGACACCACCAACAGCACAGUAUCUGCACCAGCUACCACUGCCGCCAUUACAAAAAAUGUCAGCUCGGAUACUACAGGUCAAUAUUACAAUGGAACGCUUGGAAACAACAGUAUGUCAAAUGAAAGUGAAACUACAACAAACAUAUUUAAGGAUGUGACAGUCAUGUGUGCCAAUAAAACUGCAAUAAGGCAGACUACAUGCACUGUGUUGUUGCAGUUAACACAGCCAACCAAUAAAUGCUGCAUUAUACAAACUUUGAGCAUGGUACAGAAUAAAUCUUUCAUUCAGGCCUAUGUGGUUGGAAAUGGUGUAGAGCAAGUAGUAAAAGGGAUUUGCCACAGCAGUGCUGCAGGACCACCAGUUGGAAGCUUUGAGAAGUGCAAAGGUUCUCUUAGCCCUGACAUUCCCUGCAAUUCAAAUGCCACAGUUAAUGUGUCAUGCAAUGGGAACAGUGAAGCAGCAUAUGUUUCACUCGCCAUUCCAGACCAAACUAACUGCACCUUUGAAAACCAAAUAAAUUCUUGUAACUGCUCCUUCAAUUGCAACAGUACUGCUCCCUAUUAUAGUUUCAACACUGAAACUGCAGACUUCAAUUUAAACAUGACGCAAAUAUUAACAAAUUCCAAUUGCAACAUUACAAAUCCUAGUUGCAAGGCUUUGAAGAAUAUUUCACAAAUCUAUGAAAAUUCUACUGUGAUAUGUGAUGUAAGAUGCACCAUUAUUGUGAAACUAAGCAAAGCCAUAGAUGUGUGUAUAAUCAGCUCAGCAUUACUGGCCGCAUUCCAAAACCAGAGCACCACUGUCACUGAUGGCACUGUCACUAGACUGGCUAUAUGUAGCUGGGAAGAUGGCCUAAAUGCAGAUCUUUUGCAUCCAAAGAUACUGCCAGUUUCUGUGCUUCUUGAUGGCUGCCCAUAUGGACAGGUGUACAAUGCAUUUAAUUACUGUGAAAAAGGAACAAUUAUAGCUGUGCCUCUGAUGGAGUGCAACAAAAACACUGUGACACCUGCUUACACCAACAUGCCAACAUCAACAGUUAACAUCACAACUGCCAAAAGUUCUGCCAACAAUACUGCAAACAUCACAACUACAGCCUUAUCUACAAACACUUCAGCAGCUAUCUUGGACACAACAGUCACCACAGACUCAUCAACCAAUGCGGAAGCGACAACUGAAAGUCUUCUGAAUCUAAGCAGGAAUGCAUCUUCUCUGAACUCCACACAGAUAGAGCAGAUUGUAUCUCUGCUAGAGACACUUCUUUCUGGGGCCAAUGUUAGCUUGGCUCUGGGAAACAUGUCUAUCAACAUUGUCAGCAAUCUUAUAGAUGCUCCUCCUAAUAUGCUGGCAUCCAGUUCAAGCAGGAUCAUUGGUAUUGUGGAUACUGUUGGCUUGAAGGUGAUUGUGCAGGGACAGAGUCAAAGUAUUCUCUCCCCAUCUGUGGCUUUGGCAGUGAAACUGGUGGAUGGGGCUCUUUUUCAGGAGACCACAUUCACUAUUACAAACCCCGUCAACCUACAGAUUAGCUCCAAGAAGACUGAACCCAACUCUCCUCAGGGUUCCAUAACUCUUCCUGCUUCCCUCACAGGGAACCUUUCUCCACAGCAGCAGCAACUGGCCUCUAGAGUACAGUUUAAUUUCUACCAGAAGACCACUCUUUUCCAGGACCAAUUAUUAAACUCAAACAGGAGCAGGCUGAUCAGCGGGGUUCUUGGCUCCAGUGUGGCUAAUUUAUCUAUCUCUAACCUGAGAGAUCAAAUAGUUUUUAUCCUGAAGAACACAGAAACUGUUGAGGGCAAUGUUUCACGUUCAUGUGUGUUUUGGAAAUUCAACUUAAAUGGUGGUUCUGGUGGCUGGAGCACUGAGGGCUGCACUGUGCUAAACUUUUCUGAAACAGAAACAAUUUGUGGCUGUAACCAUCUGACCAGCUUUGGCGUGCUCUUGGACCUUUCAGGAGAAGGGAUAAACAAUCGUUUGCAGGCUACCAUUCUAACCUAUAUCACAUACAUUGGCUGUGGCAUCUCUGCUAUUUUCCUUUCUGUUACCUUGAUGACCUAUCUGACUUUUGAGACACUGCGUAAGGAUAUCCCAUCAAAAAUAGUGAUCCAGCUGUGUUUGGCUUUGCUUCUUUUGAACUUGACAUUUCUAUUGGAUGCUUGGCUCGCUCUGUACUCCAAUGUUGUGGGUCUCUGCAUCUCUACUGCCUUCUUCUUGCACUACUUCCUGUUGGCAUCUUUUACCUGGAUGGCCAUGGAGGCUGUCCAUAUGUAUAUUGCCCUUGUUAAAGUUUUUAAUACUUAUGUGUCCCGCAUUAUGGUCAAAUUUGGACUCGCUGGCUGGGGUAUUCCUCUAAUUGUGGUCAUCAUUGUUAUAGCCAUUGAUAAAAACAAUUAUGGACUAGUGUCUUAUGGGAAGUUUGAAAAUGGAACCUCAGAUCAAUUUUGCUGGCUGAAGAAUGAUAUUGCCUACUAUGUUGCAGUGGUGGCGUACUUCUGUGUUGUCUUUGUGCUUAACUUUGGCAUGUUUAUUGUGGUAAUGGUUCAGCUUUUUCGCAUAAAGAGGCAAAAUCCCCAUAACCUACAGCAUCGCAGUGUCCUACAAGACAUGCGAAGUGGAGCAGGGAUUACUGUUCUCCUGGGCCUUACCUGGGGAUUUGCCUUUUUUGCAUGGGGUGCUGUCAACCUCCCCUUUAUGUACCUGUUUGCCAUCUUUAAUUCACUACAAGGGUUUUUUAUCUUUGUGUUCCACUGUGCUGUGAAGGAAAAUGUCAGAAGACAAUGGAGAAUACACCUAUGCUGUGGAAACUUUAGGCUUGCUGAAAACUCAGACUGGAGCCACACUGUUACACAGAGGACCAAAAAAUCCACUGUAAAUAGAGUUGCCUCUUCAUUCAAAUCAAUAAAAUCAUCCAAAUCCAACAACUCAUCCAGUUCCUCCUUGGUCAGUGAUAGCUAUGGGUCAGACAGAUCAAUGGGCAUCGGUAGUCCAUUAGAUGACCGUGCAAUCACAGAUCAGGAGGAUCCCAGCUCAGAUGUAGUCCUGAAUGAGAUUAACCACAGGUACAGGAGCAGAAGAUCCUUCUGACCUGAAUGACAACAAUCAUAUCUGUGUUAUAAUGCCAGUUACAGCGGGGAAAAUAAGUAUUUGACACAUCAGCAUUUUUAUCGGUAAGGGGAUUUCUAAGUGGGCUAU